AUGACGGCUCUGGAUGCCACAACCAGCGGUGGACCAGUAGUGGACUGUAAUAGUAGUCAAGGAGAUUCAACGGUUGCGGACAGCAUAUCUGUUUUCCCGAAAGGAAGUAUUGUCAAGUGCACUACGAGGAUCCCAACAGUUAUUGGUGGACAAGUGAUCUGCUAUGAUAAUCAGGCACGGAUGUUAGUUCUCAGGGAUACGAGUGGUCCGAAAGCAAUGAUUCGGUUUGUUAACUUGGCCUUGGUUGAACAGGUUGAUUCAGUAAACGAAAAGCCCAGUGAAACAGUGGCAUAUGAAGGAAGUUCAGUGCCUUUUGAACAAGUUCAGGAGAAAGUAAGGAGAGCAGUGGCAAGAAAGAAGGCUUCAUUGUUGCAGGCUGAUGUAUCCCUUGAGGGCCAACAAUGUUUCAUCGCCCUCAGGAAGACGUUAGAAGACGUUAAAUGGGACGGAGAUUGUAUUUCUGUAUUGGGUUGUGCUCUCGUUCGUCCUCCUUACAGUACUGACUCUAUUGAGCAUGUUGGUGAACCUACAAGCAACGCGGUUAUACAAGCUGUAGACCAUGUGCGAAAGAUUGUAAGUUGUUGCAAUUUGUCUUGA